CAGAACUCUCGACCAAUGUUCUGGAGCUCGAAAACAAGUGAUUUGUUUUGCUGCACACGGCUACAUCUCUACCAAGAUGGAUGAAACAGUUCCUACUGCCGUGUGUUCCACUGUAGCAGUCAUGUUUCUUAUCCUGAUCGUCAUCAGAUUUAUUGUAAGAAGGAUUUUCGGUCCUGUGCUGGAAGAAGGAACACCUAAUCCACCUGUGGCGAGUGGAUCUUCUCUGCUAGCUGCCUUGCCGACACUCCCGACCAAAGGUCUCCAACCGGUACUCCAUGACCUGCAUGAAAAGCUAGGUAGCGUCUUCACAAUAGACCUAUUUGGCCUUAAGAAGGUUACUCUAUUGGUUGGACCAGAGGUCACCUUCCAUUUCUUCCAAGGCACAUACUCCGAGAUCUGCCAACCAGAUAUGUAUAAGGUCACUGUCCCCAUUUUUGGCCCAGGUGUUUUGUUCGAUGCAGAUUUUGCAACCAGAAACAAGCAGAUCCACUUCUGCAAUGAAGCAAUAAAGACAACCAAAUUGAGGAGCAACGUUGACUCUAUGGUUCGUGAAGUGCAGGACUACUUUGCAAAAUGGGGACAAGAUGGCAUCGUUGAUCUAAAACAUGAGCUCGGGCAGGUACUUCUGUUGAUCGCAAGCCGAUGCUUGCUUGGAAAAGAAGUCCGUGAGAAGAUGUUCCAAGAAGUCUCAGUGCUCCUUCAAGAUCUCUUUGAGAAUGGCUUGCUCUUAAUCACCCUUUUGUGUCCACAUCUCCCAAUUCUAGCUCACCGGCGACGCGACAAAGCACGUGCUAAGCUGGGUGAAAUAUUUUAUGAGAUAGUGAGGUCACGAAAAAUCUCCGGCCGGUUUGAAGAUGACGUGCUACAAAAAUUUAUAGACUCCAAAUGCAUGGAGAAUGGUCGCUCCAUGACUGAGAGUGAGAUCACUGGGCUACUCAUUGGCAUGUUGUUUGCAGGGCAACAUACGAGCUCAAGUGCCAGCACCUGGACGGCAGCUUGUUUGCUCAGCCAUGAAAAGUUUUUAGCAGCUGCUAUCGAAGAGCAAAAGAAAAUUAUUGCGCAACACGGAGACCACAUAGAUUACAACAUCUUGUUGGAGAUGGACACCUUACAGUGUUGCAUCAAAGAGGCUCUAAGGAUGCACUCUCCAGCAACAAUGGUAAUACGCCAUGCGAAGAAGAGCUUUACAGUACAAACUAGAGAAGGCUACACAUAUGAAAUUCCAGAAGGUCACACCUUGGCAAGCUCUACGGUGGUUGGUAACAAGCUACCACACAUUUAUAAAGACCCUCAUAUAUAUGAUCCAUAUCGGUUUGCUCCAGGGAGAGAGGAAGACAAAGUUGGUGGCAAGUUUGCGUACACGUCAUUUGGUGGCGGGCGGCAUGCUUGCUUGGGAGAGGAAUAUGCUUACAUGCAGAUGAAAGUGAUAUGGAGUUGUUUGCUGCGGAACUUUGAGUUUAAAAUGGUCUCUCCUUUCCCUGAAGAAGAAGUUGACAAAUUCAUUCCAGGGCCUAAAGGGAAGGUCAUGGUUAGCUAUAGGAGACGACUGCUCACUGGUUAGCUCCUAAUAAUGCAAUAGUGAAGACGCCUCUCUGUGAGUGUGUGUGCCUGUAGCAG